AUGGAGCCCUCCGGAAGUGCCUCGAGUCCCGCGUCGCUUCAAUUUUCUACUCAUGAUCCAGCUUGCGAUCACUGUCGGUGGAAGAAAAUCCGGUGUGACCGGGCCCGGCCGCGUUGCGGAGCCUGCCGCCGGGCAUGUGUCGCCUGCGAAUACACCUCUAGAGACCGAAAGGUCGUUGCCCCUGGCUCGAUUAACUCUGCUGACGAGGGGGGCAUCAGCCCUCUCGGCAAUCGACUGGCCCAGUUAGAGAGUUCCGUGGAGCGCUUGACGCAGAUAAUCGAGCACCGGUUGGUGAACGAGCCGCACUGCUACCAGGAAGAUCGACCCGUGCCCCGUCGUACAUCCACGGCUCCCUUGGUAGAAAAUGAUCCUCAAGGUCGUGUUCUAUUCACACUUGGGGAUGGGCAACAGGUUCUUUACGGACCCUACUCAAAUGUGGCUCAUUGCCUGGGUAUUCUGCGAAUAUUGAGGUCCGGACGACAUGACCAGACGGCUGAUGCCGACCCCUUGCUGAAGCAGGUAUCAGAGUUGUGCAACCUGCUUGGACCUCGAAUCUUCAAGACUUCCUCCACCGUGGAACCCCUCCGGCUCCCGCACCUGUCACAGCAGGCCGUGAUGCAAGCAACCGAGCGGUACUUGGCCCAGGGUGGCUAUCUACAACACCUGUUUCAUCCGAGCAUCCUGCGUUCACGAAUUCAAAUGUACUUCCUUGGGAACUUGGGGGUGUCCAAAAGUGGUAUGGAGCUAUGCCUGCAGUACCUGCUGCUACAGACCACCACUGAAAGUGAAGGAAAUGGCUCUGACGGCCGUGACCACGGCCUACCACAGACGAACUCUGAUCCCUUCUGUGCCGCCGCCAGGGCGGCGUUGGUGCAGGGUCAGCUGCAGGCAAAUACGGUCGUCAACAUUCAAGCUUUGGCAUGCAUCACGAUCGUCGCUUUACAGGCAGAAGACCUUCUGCUGGCCGAUGAGGCCUUUCAUAAAUGUUGUGCCAUCACUCAAAGGAUGGGUCUGCAUCGAGAACGCCAGUCAAACGAUGAUCAUGUCGAACAAGCCGAGGAACGAAGGUUGCUCUUCUGGACCAUCUUCAUCCUGGACAAAGCUUUCGCUUUCACCCUGGGCCGAGCAUAUAUGCUUCCAAGCUUUGAUUGCAACACUCCAACUCCAGAUAUGUCUCUCCAUAGUGUACCCGUGGAAGGCCUGUCAGCAAGGAUUGGUGUGGCACUCAUUCAAGAACGCGCGUAUCAAAUUCUGUUAGCCUCGGGUAACACCCACAAUAAUCGGACGCGUCAGGAAGCUAUUGUUGACGUGGUGGACCGAUUAGAAGGUUGGAUGGAAACCCAUUUUGCGUCCUCCGACCUUUCUGGCGGCUUUGUCCCGGGGGCUUUAGACCCUACAACCCAGCGGGCGCUCUUAUACGAAUACCACACAACGCGUUCCAUUGUUCUCGCGCAUAGCAUGUUGCCCGACGCGCCCAACGAAGUCCUGGCCAGCGCUCGAAACGCUCUGUCCCAACUCUGCCCACCCUCCGCUCAGGGGAGUACUCUAUUCUCGGAUCCUCGGUGCAGUUGGCCGAAAGGGAGUUAUAGUCUAUUUCCGUUUUUCAUCGUCGCUAAGCACGUUCUGCUGGCGGCACAGGAUGCAGCGGACCGUAGGGACUGGAUCAAUUUUCUCCACAACACCAUCUUCUGCUGGGAGUCCAGUCACAGCCUUUGUCUUAGCAUCGCACUUGUAAAGCUUGUGGUGCCCCCGUCCGACGUGGCUGGGUAUCAGAUGGCCCAGAGGUCGAUGGGGAGUCCGUUCUGGAACUGUCCCGGAAAGUCACCUCGAUUAGACUGUGGCCAGCAUUGGGCUUCCUCACUGCCGUUGCCAUGUGUCAGAGACGAGCAGAGGGACCAGCAACAGCCAGAUAUGGACCUAUCGCUCGACGCUAUUCUAUCUGCGACGACUGAUCCAUUGUGUCCGGGCAUCAUAUGUCAGGAUAGCGGCGACCCGUUUUCAUUCGUUGGCAUUGCCAGCCAUCCCGAGAUGAUCAAUUCCAACCUGGAUGCGAUUGACUCUUGUUUAGCGGCGUCCACCCCACAUGAUACGUUGCGACUACCGGGACUAACACGGUGA